GGAUUAACCGAUAUCGCGAUUUGUCCACAGGUAAGAAGAUCAACAUCAAUGAAUACCUCCGUGAAUCGUCUCAUUGUUUGCAAGAGUAAAGAAAGCUCUCCCAGUCUGUACAUGUUCGUUUAUUGCCAAAACCCUUACAACCCUUCGUCUGCAAACCAUACGUGCCUGCAUUCGAGACUUACUAGCAAAAAACCGUACCGCUGCUGUACAAAGAUAUACCGUCUUUGCAAUUGUCUAUUUCAGCUUCUUCAACUCGCACCACCACCUUCAUGAGUUCCAACCAGCAAGCUACCAAAUUCUAUAGGCAUGGCUAGAUCUUCGAUAUCUACUCGAGCUCUGCGGACCCCACCUCGAUCUACCAGAGGAAACCCUACUUUUUCAUACGCGGAACCUCCGACCAGCGAUGACGAUCUAGAAGAGGAAGAAAAUGACGAUGUCGAUGAACUAUCACAUAGUGACAUCUCUCAUGCGCCACCUGCUAGACGCUCUCGGCCACGCACCCAAAAUGUGCGGGAACCUCGGUCUGCGAAUAAUAAACCGCACGUAGCUAUUACGAAAAGCACUCGGCAGAAGCCGGUAAUUUCAUACGCAGAAUCAUCGACUGACCAUGAUUCGGAGGAGGAGGAGGAGGAAGAAGACGAAAACGAAGAUAACGAACCAUCCUAUAGCGGCGCAAUUCAUACGCCCCGCGUAAGACUCUCCCGAAAUGCUUCACACUCUCGUUCUUCUGCCAAGCGAAGCCAAUGCAGUUCCCAUGAAUCAACGCCGAAGAGAAGAAAACAAAUCAAAUCAACCUCGUCGAAAAGAUCUCGAGUUCAAUCGCCAGUUGUGCUCGUAGAAAAUACUGAAGCUGUUCCGCCAUGGCAGACUCUUCCAUAUCAUGUCCUUGUGCAAAUAUUUGAGUACGCCACAUAUCCACUGUACGAAGAAAGAACCUUUCAACCUCUUCCAUCUGGGAAAUGGCUACUAGAUGUCGCAUAUCUGUGUCGGGGAUUCGCCGAGCCAGCCUUUACAGUAUUGUACAAUUCGCCUCCUCUUGUUCCAAUGGAUAAAGCACAUCGACUCGUAGAUUUACUCAAAUCCGACCCUGCGAUGUUGGCGUUCGGCUACAGACAGAAAGUUGUCAACCUUCGCAUUGAAGUCAGGCAAGUUGCUGCCUAUUCUUUACCUGGCAGUGGACUUCUGGAUUUGCAUGGCUUAAUAAAGGACUUGCCAAGAUUGGCGGAUCUGGAGUUUUACGACCAGAAAGAUUCAAAGCCUUUCAAACAACUUGACGAUUCUAUUAGAUGGGAAUACCCAGCUACGGUCUUCGAAGCACUAGAGCAUGUUGAACCAGUUGCAGAUAUUACUAAAGGAGACAAAACCAGUCUUUGCAAACUGAGAAGCUGGCGUUGGUCGUCCAGAUUAGCAGGUAAGAAGUGGCCCAUUGAAAAGAUUCGCGAGAUUCAUCUUAAGCCAUCUUUCAUCGGACUAAAGAAGGUUGCGUUUGUCAAUUACCAAAUUCGGCACCCUAAAAAAGGCGAGGAGGACCCCAAACUUGAAGAAUUAUUGGGUGGAGCGAUUUCCGCCCUGGAGGUACUGGAACACUUGAUUUUUGAAUCGUCAACGCUGCUUAAUGCGAAAUUGAUGCCCCUCCUACCAUCAAAUUUGCGAAACUUGGAAAUCACUAAUUGCUGGGAAGUCACUGCUGAAAUGCUUGGCGAAUAUCUCCUGACUAGUGGUAGACAACUUCGCUGCCUCACGCUCAAUCAUAACUCUGCCUUAAGUCUGGCCUUUCUGCCAUCACUAGGUGCAGCAUGUCCGUAUCUGGAAGUUUUAAGAAUGGACCUUCAAUAUUUCGAUGCACAUAUCUCAUAUCACAGUGCUGAGCCGGAUUAUGAUCAGUUACUCACGAGUGAUCAAAUUCCUGUAUGGCCAACUACACUCCAAUCUCUUGAGCUUCUCAAUUUACGCAAAUGGGACAAACAAGCCGCAGAAAUGUUCUUUCAAAGUUUGUUGGACAGUGCAGGCGAGCUUUCGGAUCUCCGAAUUCUGAUUCUACAGACAAGCAUCAACAUCGCAUGGAGAGACAGGGCCGCUUUUAGAGAUAGAUGGAUCGGCACUUUGGGACAAGUUUUUAAGAGGGUUUGUGAUCCCCCAAAGCAUUUUUUGAAAGCUUCGCAAUUACCAAGAGUCGAACUUUACAAACCGGAACCAGAUACCCAAGAUACCGAUCAGAGCCAAAGCCCCACAAAGAAACAAAAAGCCCGACCAAAGAGGCAAUCUCUCCCACUCCGUCACAGCACACGCGCUAAACGUACAACCAAUUAUGCUGAAAGCCCUGACAAUUCUGGCGAUGAAAUUGACAACGAAGAGCAAGAAGAGGAAGAGGACAAUGAUGAUGAUGAUGAUGGCGCGAUAUCCACCCCUCCUCCUCCAUCUAGAUCAAUUCCGUCAGCUCGCGAAGUUGCCCGAAGUCAACGCGCUUCCCGGGAAGUUCGUUUGUUGAAAAUUACUGCGGGGAUCGACGGAUUUCCUUCUUCGCCACCCCAGACUCCUAAUUUGGGAGAUGAAGAUGGAGAUGAAGAUGUGAGUGAUGAGGAUAUGGACGGCGGAGGUGAGAGCAAGGGUAUGAAUCGGAAUGUGAAUAGCAAGGGCAAGGCGAAACAAAAGCAAAAUGUGAUUCAAGGAAUGUGUGAGGUGGUUAAUGUCAGAAUUGAUAAUUUAAGGCCGGCGGAGACGCAGUUCGGCGAGGCGGACUUUCUAGACAGUGAGCCUGAAGGUGAUGACGACUGGGAUGGUGACGAUGGGUUUGUGGAGGAGGGAGUGGCUUGGUGAUUGAAAUUUGAGGCGCAACGGAAAUGGAGCAUGAUUUGCAAUUUUUCUUAAUAUGUUGAUUAUAGUUAGAGGGGAAGCAAAGGGAGUCAAAGGAGGGGACAUGUGUAUUAUGAGUGCAUGAGGAAAUGUCAGGGAAAGGUUGGGCUAGGCUCAUAUGUAUGGGUUGGAUGGAUGGAAAGGGCGCUACGAAUUAUGAACAUAUGAUUAGGAUGGCAUAGGAAGGGAUGGGUAUCACAACUGCAUGGAUUGUUUAGGGCUUGCUAGGUCAGCUUCUUUGCGGAGCAUUGUUGAACGGAUUUACACAUACGAAUCACGAUUACAUACCAGGAUGAGGAUGCUAGCUUUUCUUCCGCGUUGUAUUAUAGUACGCAUACAAGGUAUGGCUGUAUAAAUUCUAUUUGGCUUUGAAUACAUCACACA